CGAAAAAAAUAUCCCACGUGAACAGGUUAAUCUGGUCCUAUAGGCAGUACUGCCUGAGACAGGAGAAAGCCUUAAUUGUCUUAAACUCUUUUGUUGUCUUUCAGAGAACGUAAAUGAAGUAAUGGCAGCUAGUUUAGUGACAGAUUAUAAAUCUGCCGAAGAUAUAUUGCAGACUGGAUUUAGCGGAGGCGAACCUGAAAUCGAUCAGAUGUUCCAGCCUGGUCAGGAUGAGGAUUUUGCAGCGCUCGGAGUAGAUUUUGAUCUUUGCUCCGAUCUCCAGUUGGACGGGGUUGAUUUUCCUCUGGAUAUCUGGAGCACAGAGCAGAGCUCUCAUGAUGAUUCUUUAAAACUAGAAGAGUCUUUUGGCAUCGAUGAAGAUUUUAAUCAGAUGUUAAAUGAGUGGGAUAAUCAGCUGGACUCAUUACAGAACACAGAAGUAGAAGAUAUACUCCAAACGUCAGUUUCUAGUGUCAAUAAUACAGUUGAAGAUCAACCUGAACCAGUUCAACAACAACAGCAAACUGUUACGUUGAAAAAACCGAAUACGACGAAUACAUACCGCGGAGUAAUAACAUCAAACCAGUCCCGACAGAUUCAAAUAAGUUCUGCACUCCGAUCACCUAUUGUGACGCGUGGAGUUUGUUACACAAGAACAGGAGGGUUGGGAGUAACCCGCUCCGUCCAGAGCUCAGGGUUUGUUAACUCUUGUCCUAGAGUAUCUAUCUCUAAUCAGCUGACAGGAUCCAGUAGACAGAUUGGAGAAGAUUCUCCACUGCUAUGCACUCCUAUCAGUCCAAUAAGAAGUCCUGGGUCCUCAAAUGCUCCGGAUUUCUUUAUAGCUUCAACCCGUUCUACGGCGGAUGUAGUGAAAUCCAGCUAUAGUCGUCUGAUUAAUCAGUGUAGAACCUCUAUAAUCAGCACCAAUCCUGACAGUGCACAGUCUAGGUAUAGUGAGAAUAAGAACAACUCUCAUGUUAAGAUAAUAGCCUCGGUUUCGCCCAAAAGUGAUGGAACCUCAACGGCAAAGAUACUCUCGUCCAAUAGUAUUCGAGAGUCAUUGCCCAAAGAGCUCAUUGAUAAGAUCCGAGCGGCAAGUCAAGGACGGAAAACGAUUGCAAUAAUUGAGCCGAUUAAUCGAAAGAACGACAGUUCUCUGAACAUAGAUUCUUCGGUUUUUCGCGGAAAACAAACUUCAAAGUUCGGAACAGCAGCAGCGACUCUUGGUAAAUGGAGAAACGUUGGAAUAUUACCAUCCUACUCUAAUAACGUUUCCGACCAUGAUUACUGCUGUCCCAGUAAGACGAGUAAAUUUAGUAGGAAGUACCUGAACGCACAUAACAAGGUGAUGCGGCAGAUGGAGGAGAGUAUGAACCGUAGCAAGGGAGUCGCCAGGGUGGAGAGUCCUAUAGAGGAGGUUGAAACCAAGAAGGAUUCAGGUCUAGAGUCUUGUGAGAUGAGUGAUGCUAGUGAAGACGGGACAAUGUAUGACAAGCUGCCACGUUAUCUAACUAGUGUUUCUGUGCAAACCAUGGAGAGUAGAUCAGUCCAGGACGAUCACGGGUACAACCGUCUCCCAGCUUAUCUUCUCCGCCCCCAGCAGUCUUUGCUUAAAACAAAUAUAAGUAAAAGUGUUGGGGAAGAUCAGAAAAUAGUAGUUUCGUCCAUGGAUAGUUUUGACCUUAAACCUGAUAUUAGUGACACUAAACCUGAAUACAAUCUUGUAGACAAUGCUUCUCAAUAUAUGAAGCUAGAAGCUCCGGGUGAUGAUGGAGCUAAUUGUAAACCUGAGAUUUAUAUUAGUGAUGAAAGGACCCGGAUUGUGGUUCCAGCAUCUGAGAAAGUUGAAAAUUCUGUAGAUAAAACUCACCUUAAACGUCGGAGAGAUAGUUUUGAAAGUAGUUCCGACGAAACAGACAAUUCCUACAGGAGUUUUUAUAAAAGAAGGAGAUCCAACUAUCCUCGGGAACUCCGCCAUAGCUCUAGAGACAGGAGGAGAAGAUAUAGAGGAAGGUCUAGAAGUUGUAGCUCAUCUCCAGACAGAAGUAGCAGAUCUGGCAGGAGAAUGAGGGAUUCUAACAGGGAUCAUGAGAGAUCAGGAAGACAUUAUGAUCCUCGUGAUCAAGACAGGCCUCGGAGACAUUCUAAUCCUCGAGAGCGAACCCACGAGCGUCGACAGAACCCGGAGCAUAAGAGUGAGGUUGAAGAGCGUCGUGUAAUCUAUGUCGGGGGUAUAGUUGAGGGAACCCUUAAAUCUGAUCUCAGGACGAGGUUUGAAACUUUCGGUCCCAUCGUCGAUAUUAGUGUUCACUUUCGAGAGCGCGGAGAUAAUUACGGUUUCCUAACCUUUCAAAACUCUGCGGAUGCGUACACAGCAAUAGAACGCGGAAACGAGAAUCCGUCCCAUCCUAAAUAUGAUCUUUGCUUCGGGGGACGUAGAACCUUUUGUAAAGAGGAUUAUUAUGAUAUGGAUGAUGUGGAGGGAGAGGAUGGAAAUGGUGGAGCUCCUGGGUUCGAUGAGUUGCUCCGGAGAGCGAGGAAAGAAUUCAGAAAAUGAUUAUAUUCCAAAUUUUAGAUUUCUUACUAUGCACAGUUUUCAAAUAUUCAUUCAGAAAAUUAAAUUUCAUUUGAGACCUGAGAUAUUUAUUAAUUUAAAUAUUUCUGGUUGAACUGAUAACAAGUAAAAGUAUUGAUACAUAUUGUAACUGAAGUAAAAGCGUUUAAAAGAUUGUUAUGACAUCUAACCACUUGGUGUUGUGUAUUUAUCACUUUGGCGAGAUAUCGGAGGGAAAAAUCCAUCUAAAGUUUUUACUAAAAUUCAGGGGUUUAAAUAGAUUUUAAAUUCCAAAAUGAGGUUGGAUAAGAAAGGUUAAAAAUUAUAUUAUAUUGGUUUUUAAUUAAAUAAACGUGAUAUGAUAUUUUUAACUAUUUAUCAGAAUUAUGACAGAAGUUCAUACUUUUUUGAUAAACUUUAACUCUUAGAAUAGUUUAAACCAUAGAUGGUUCUAUUUAUAAAUCUUUUGCCGCUGAUUAGUACCCCCCUCAUUUAGUUAAAUAUCAAAACAAUCCCUUUAAGGAACUGUAUUUUGACAUUAUUACUGAGAAAAUUGCUUGUCCUGGUAUCACAAAUAAAUAAAAAAUAUGAAAUAUUUAUCAAACAUAAAUUUAAUGUAAACUAAACCUCGAUCUCUUGCAUGUAACCUGCGCUGCUGAUAUUAUCUCCUGGAUUUUGCAAUCUUAUCAGUUCCUAUCAAAGUAUAUGUCUUAUGCUGUUAACAGUUUCCAAUGUGAAUUGAUGUAUAGUUAUGGUUAAAAUUAAAUUAUUAGUCACCA